GAACCGGAAAUCCCAGUGUUUUGAUAACGGCUGCGGAAGAAGCUGUCAUUUGCUCUCCUUUAGUCCAAGCAGGAGUUUCCCUACAAAACCGAAAGGAAUUAAACAACAAAUGUAACAGUUUGACAGAAAGUCGAAAUGGGAAUUACACUAAGACACCCUCUUGGUGUUAAACCGUCAAAAGCGCUUCUGUUGUUGCCUUUUCUGUUGACAUUCGUGCUCGUCGGGAGCCAAGGCGAGAGCAAUGCAAUGGACAACGUCGCAACUGAGAGGAUGGCUGAGGAGAGCCAUCGCCAGGACAGUGCCAAUCUUCUCAUAUUCAUAAUGCUCUUAACACUCACCAUUUUAACUAUAUGGUUGUUCAAACACCGGCGAUUUAGGUUCCUGCACGAAACAGGACUCGCCAUGAUCUAUGGCCUGUUGGUGGGUGUGAUCCUGCGGUUUGGUGUCCACGUGCCCCAGAGCAUGAGUGACUUGGUCCUCAGCUGUGCAGUCAACGCCAGCCCUGCUACUCUGUUGGUCAACGUCAGCGGCCGGUUCUACGAGUACACUCUGAAGGGGGAAGUCAGCCGGAGCAAAGGGCACCAAGUUCAGGAUGAUGAGAUGCUGAGAAAGGUGACCUUUGACCCAGAGGUGUUUUUCAACAUUUUGCUGCCUCCCAUCAUCUUCCACGCUGGUUACAGUCUGAAAAGGAGACAUUUUUUCAGAAACAUUGGCUCCAUCCUGGCAUAUGCUUUCAUGGGAACAGUUGUAUCAUGCUUUGUUAUUGGGUUGAUCAUGUAUGGCUUUGUUUCCUUCAUGAAAGUUGUGGGUCAGCUAGCGGGAGAUUUUUACUUUACUGAUUGCCUCUUCUUUGGGGCCAUUGUUUCGGCAACAGACCCAGUGACAGUGCUGGCUAUCUUCAAUGAGCUCAAGGUGGAUGUGGACCUGUAUGCUUUACUCUUUGGGGAGAGUGUCCUCAAUGAUGCUGUGGCCAUCGUCCUCUCUUCCUCCAUUGUGGCGUACCAGCCUGCGGGAGACAACAGCCACAGCUUCGAGGCCAUGGCUAUGCUGAAAUCCUUCGGCAUCUUCCUGGGUGUCUUCAGUGGAUCCUUUGCUCUUGGAGUGGCUACUGGACUCUUGUUUUUUUCCUUGACGUUCAGUUUUGAUCACGUGACCAAGUUCACUAAGUUGCGGGACUUCCCCUUGCUGGAGACGGCUCUCUUUUUUCUCAUGUCCUGGAGCACUUUCCUGUUGGCUGAGGCCUGCGGGUUCACAGGUGUGGUAGCUGUGCUCUUCUGUGGGAUCACUCAGGCUCACUACACCUACAACAAUCUCUCCCCGGAAUCUCAGGACAGGACCAAACAGUUGUUUGAGCUGCUGAACUUCCUGGCAGAGAACUUCAUCUUCUCCUACAUGGGUCUGACUCUCUUCUCCUUCCAGUCACAUGUUUUCAACCCUUUGUUCAUCAUUGGAGCCUUUGUGGCAGUGUUUCUGGGCAGAGCAGCAAACAUCUACCCUUUGUCCUUCCUGCUCAACCUGGGCCGCAAGAACAAGAUCGGGUCCAACUUUCAGCACGUCAUGAUGUUUGCAGGUUUGCGUGGGGCGAUGACCUUUGCUCUUUCCAUCCGAGACACAGCGACGUACGCUCGUCAGAUGAUGUUUUCAACUACCCUCCUCAUUGUCUUCUUCACUGUCUGGAUCUGCGGCGGCGGCACCAUGCCCAUGCUGUCAUUCAUGAGCAUACCGGUGGGUGUGGACUCUGAUCAAGAAAACUCUAGUUCUGCGGUGUUGGAUGGGACACAGCGGAGGAACACCAAACACGAGAGCGCGUGGCCCUUCAGGAUCUGGUAUAACUUUGACCACAACUACCUGAAACCUCUCCUGACCCAUAGCGGUCCUCCUCUCACUGCUACUCUGCCUGCUUGUUGUGGACCGCUGGCACGAUGCCUCACCAGCCCACAGGCCUAUGAGAAUGAAGGUCCGCUCCAUGACGAUGACUCUGACUUCAUCCUGAACGAUGCCAACGUGAGCUCCAUGUACGCCGACGUCACCGUCAGCACAGACGCAUCAGGAUCCCACACUAUAAACCGCAAACGCUCCACCGCCAGCAUCGGGGGCGGCCCGUCUGAUGAGGGUCUGGAUCACGAGCUCGCCCUGGCGGAGCAUGAGGUUGCAAUCAGGGGCACCCGUCUGGUCCUGCCGAUGGACGACCCAGUGGAGCCCCCGACCACCGUCACCCUGCCCCCGCCGCCCUCCCCGCCACGCUCUGACCCUCGCAGACACAGACUGUAAGACGGCUUGCACUGUCAGGAUGUUUUGUUUCAAAAAUCUCAAAUCAUCUAAGCUGAUUUCACAAGAAAACAAUCUGUUAGUUGAUUUGGUUGGAUUUUUGAUUGAAAUGUCAAACUGUUGUUGUCCCAUGUUGACGCUGCCACCUUUCCCCUCUUAACAUUUUUAAAAUAGUCUCAGCUUUCUGACAAACUUGAGGCGUGUUUGAUUUAACUCACCAUUUAGGUGGAUUACUGUAAUCCUGAAUGCGAAUGCACUGUAUGUAAGGUAAGGUACUGUAAAUCGAGAGCACCUCAAGCUUACUAACUUAAAUCAGGUGAGAUGCACAUUUAGCCAGUAUUUGAGGCUAAAAAAUGGGGCAGUAGUAUGUGCUCCUAUGUUUGUACUACUGUGGCAAUAUGCCAGUGCUGUUAUCUAUGCUCUGUAAAAGCCCCAAACACCCUGACCGUGCGUGGCAAACCCUAAAACAGUUUAAUAUGCAGUUUACACUUUUCAAUGUGGUGAAGUUGCUCCUGACAAAAGGUCCUGUAUCUGUCUAGCUUCUGUAUUUGUAUGACGGCCUACAGUAUCUAACAUUUAGGGCAGUUCACAGUUACCCUGACACUUUGCUCUGGUACUACUUAUGACAAUUCGUUGCUAUUAAAGAGCAUUUAGACUACAGUUAUAUUACUAAUCUCACUAACUGAGUUAUCUUUUCCUGCAUCCCGUGUGUUUGCCUCCGGCUCAGUUGGUGGAGAAGGUUCAAAGGGGUGAAACCAAGGAUUUUGAUUGGAGGUAGCAACUAGGCAAGGACAUUGAGACUUGUGAUGAGAGUACUGGGUUUUUAACUUUAAAAGACAUCAAAUAUUUGCUACAAGAUCGUAGGUAGAGCUGCAGCAGUUAGCAGAUUAAUUUAUUAAUUGAUUGACAGAAACUUAAUUGGCAACCAUUUUUACACUCCAGUCAUGCGAUCAGUUCUCUUAUAUCGUAAUAUUUCAAGCAAAAAUACCAACCACUCUCUGGUUUCAGCUUCUCAGAUGUGAGGAUUUGCUACUUUUCGUUAUGACAGUGAAUUAAACAUCUUUGGGUUUUGAACUGUUGGUUGGACAAAACAAAUUGAAGAAUUUACCCUGGACUUGGAGAAAAUGUAAAUGGAUUUUUCACUAUUUUUUUUUUUUUUUUAGAGAACAAUAAUCCCAUAGACUGAACAAUUAAUUGAUUAUUUAGGAAAAUAAUUGUCGGAUUAAUGAAAAUAAACUUUAGUUGCAGCUCUAAGGCUCUGUAAAUACAAUAAGGCCAAAAAACAACCAAAAAACUCAAACUGUUUUCACGACAGUGUCCAGAGCAUCUCCAUUAUCCUAAAUUUUAGCACUGCCUGCAUCUUCUCCUCUUAAUCGGUCUUUUUACGUAUUGAUUUAUUUAUUUAACACAAAAUGAUUUAUUUAUGUAAUGAUUUAUUUUGUUUAUUUAUUUAUUUAUUUGUUAUUUUGUAGUGUGACAUUAAUGAUUAUCUUGCCCUGUUUUUAAUUAAUAGGACUGCUUGGUGACGAAAGGCUGUUGUUGCGAACCUUUUCCUAAAAAGCACUAUGACUCUUCCCACUGAAGGUACAUUGUACAGCAGGGAAGUCACGAGGGAGGUGGAUGUUCAUUCCAGGAGUUUGUCGUCCUCUACAGUGUGUGCAUGUUAAAACAAUAUCUCCUUCCCAUACUGUAGCAGACGCUUGUACUUUAUACUCGGAAACUAGAGCUUCCCUGUGUGUGAGUUUUACGUGUGUGUGUGUGUGUGUGUGUGUGUGUGUGUGUGUGUGUGGUGUGUGUGUGUGUGUGUGUGUGUGUGUGUGUGUGUGUGUGUGUGUGGGGCUGAGGCUGAGUGUGUGGCUGAUCUGGCCAAAUCAACUGCUGUGGUUAUUAGGGCUAAUGUCUUUCUGGGUUUUCUGUCGUCAUCUGGUUUAAUCAUCUUUAAAUGAAAAAAAAAAAAAAACUGCCAUGUCUCUGUGAUGUUGUAUCAUCAAAGAUGACUGAGGGCUGGCUGAACUGUUCUGAAUUAAAGUGCCUAUUCAUAAAUUGAAUUAACUAAUGUAGAUUUGUACAUAUUUGAUUUGCUAAUGUGAAGUAAGAUGAUCUUUUUGGUUUUUAUAUGACACUAAACCCUUUGAUGUUAUAUAUUGUAUUCCCAGUAUAAUUAGGCCAUUAGGCGAGUGCCUGCAUUUUAAUAUUUGUCUUAAACAGUGCAAACUAAAAUAUUAUACUAAUUAAUGGAAAAAAAACUCUUAAUAUUUUGUCAGAUAUAAUCUUUUUGUGUACUUUUGGAAACUGUAUACUUUGUCAAAAAAGUACAUGUGGCUUUUUAAAUGAAACAAUUAAGAACUCAAUUUGAAUUUGAAGGUGAAGGGAAAGAUAUAAUAGUAGUACACAGGAGGAUGACACAGACUUUUUACUGAUAAAUUGUCGGUUUUGCACCUUUUUUGGCAAUUAGGCUCGUCUACUUUGUUCCCAUCUCAAUGAGAGGCAUUUUGCACCAUGUUAUCUCCUUAGAUCCUUGUUUGUUCUGUUUUCUGCUGAGCAGGCCCAUCUAACAUAGCAAGGCAAAUUUUUAUGACUGAGGUAGAAAAUAAUUCCUGGUCAAAAUUAUAUUUUUAAAUGUGAAAAUGUUUGUUUUAAUUGUAUCAACAUGAUCUUCAAGCAGUAUUCUUAAUAUGAGGUUUGGUGUCUGUAUAAUCACCCAGACAAAUGAACAUGAGUGAAUUUGCAUUUGUUUUCUUUUAGUAAAGUACUCUUUGAUUUUCAUUUGUUUGCUAAAUGUAUUUGAACCAUAAAACUUUGUUUGUAUGGGAAUUUUGAAGAAACAGUUGUAACCUUACAAUAGCAGCCACAACUAAAAACCUGAAAAUGUUAGACUAUGUUUCUGCUGUUUGUAGAAACUGUACAUGACAGUUAUAUUUGUGAAAAGUACACCUGCAAUAGGCCUAUAUGUGAAUGUUUUUAAAAUGUGAACUUACGUUGAAGGGAAAAAUAAUCUCAUAUUUAAUAGAUUUUUUCCCUGUGUAGUCCUCAAGUUAUUAACAGUGUCUUCUAAGUCAGACAUCUUGCGAGUGUACUGGAAAUAAAUAAAAACAACUCGUGAAAUUGA